AUGUCUGCCACGGUACUACAAAUUUUAAAAGUGCUUUUGCUCUGCCUUUGGAGUGUUUCCGCCACAAGCGAUGUGGAUUGGUGGGAGUCAGCGACGCUCUAUCAAAUCUAUCCGCGCUCCUUUAUGGAUAGUAAUGGCGACGGUGUGGGUGAUUUGAAUGGUAUUACCUCUCGACUGGAGUUUCUGAAGGAAAUCGGCAUUACCGCCGCUUGGCUCUCGCCUAUCUAUAAGUCUCCAAUGGCCGAUAUGGGUUAUGAUGUAGCGAAUUUCACAGAUAUUGAUCCACUGUUUGGUACGCUGAAGGACUUUGAUGCUUUGAUUGCGAAGGCGCAUGAAUUGGAUUUGAAAAUUAUUUUGGACUUUGUGCCCAAUCAUUCGAGUGAUGAGUGUGAGUGGUUUCAGAAAUCCGUGCUACGUGAAGAUGGCUAUGACGACUUCUACAUAUGGGAAGAUGGUAAGGUGGAUCCAGUGACGGGUGAGCGCAAACCGCCAAGCAAUUGGAACUCCGUUUUUAAUGGCCCGAUGUGGACGUGGAACGAGCAACGGCAACAAUACUAUUUGAACCAAUUUCUGCCCAAACAACCCGAUUUCAAUUUUACAAAUCCACAAUUGCGCAAAAAACUAAUUGAGGUCAUGAGAUUUUGGCUGGACCGUGGUGUGGACGCUUUUCGCAUUGAUGCGGUGCCACAUUUUCGUGAGAUGCGUUUCGAAAACGGCACUUACCCAGACGAGUUUGUUAGCGGCUUUACCAAUGAUACAAAUCAUUAUCAAUACUAUACACACAUAUACACAAAAGAUCAACCUGAGAAUGUGGAAUUACUUUACGAAUGGCGUGAGUUUUUGGAUGAAUAUCAGCGCCUGCACGGCGGUGAAACACGCGCCAUGAUCGCGGAGGCCUACUCACCCGUGGAAGUUCUAAGCACUUAUAUCAAUAAUGGCACACACGUAGGCAGCCAGGUGCCCAUGAAUUUCAACUUCAUUCCGUUGAAUAAUCAGGUGACAGCUGAGCAUGUUGAAUAUAUGGCCAAAAACUGGAUGGAUGUGAUGUGGCCUAGACAUAAAAUGGCUAAUUGGGUAGUGGGCAAUCACGACAAUAGCCGGCCGGCGACACGCCUCGGUUGGCAGAGGCGAGAUAUCAUGACAAUUAUUGCGCAUGCCUUGCCCGGUACUUCAGUGACUUAUUAUGGUGACGAGAUCGGCAUGCCCGAUAUGAAUACAGAAUGCACGCCAAGUAAUUGUGAUUUUCGCGAUCCAGUCCGCACACCCAUGCAGUGGGACGCGUCGAAAAAUGCCGGCUUCAGUGCGGGCAACUCGACAUGGCUGCCUGUGAAUCCCAACUACAAGCAGCUGAAUGUGCAAGCACAGCGCGGCAUAGCACGUAGUACCUUGCAGAUAUUCAAGAGCAUGACGGCGCUGAAGAAAACGGCUGCCUUCAAAGCGUUCAAGAAAGAAGGUGGUUUCUCUUUCGGCGCGCUGAGCAAGCAAGUCUUUCAGAUUGUUAGAACUGAUGCCAAACGUGAGGAGUACCGCGUGUUGGCCAACUUUGGUAGUCAGUUUGAAUAUUUUGAUGGCUUGACUAAUAAGACGAUGGAAUAUGUUAUACUCACUUCAUACUCGCCACAUCGGAUAGGAGAAAGAGUCGAUUUGAGCAAACGCAUAUUAUUGAUGCCUUACGAAGCGGUCGUUUUGCGUUGGGCUGCGUGAGUUAAUCAUGCAAAUUGUACUGGAACUAGUCAUCGCAGAUUUAUUGUUAAAAAUA